AUGCCUCUGGAAAAUGUCGAGAUCCCUCAUCUUCGGUCCAUCGACCGCGGAAAGCAGCUCAUUGUUCACGGUCGUCCAUUCCUGUUAUUGGCAGCAGAGCUGCAGAACUCAUCGCUUACCUCGGCCGAGUUUAUGGACACGGUCUGGCAGAAACUGGUGGACACUCACGUCAACACUGUGCUAGGAUGCGUCACUUGGGAAAUGAUUGAGCCAGUAGAAAGCCAAUUCGAAUUCAAGGAACUGGACAAGGUCAUUCUGGGAGCACGCAAGCACGGACUUCGUCUUGUGCUACUGUGGUUUGGCUCCUUCAAAAAUGGAAUCUCAACGUACGCUCCGGCAUGGGUCAAGACAAACCCCAAACGCUUCCCCCGUGCGAAAUUGCGAAAGGCGGGAGGUGUCCUACAGACCGCCGAUGUCGUGUCAAUAUUUCACGAGGCAGCUCCUAAGAGCGACGCCAGGGCCUUUGCGCAGUUGAUGCGCCACCUGAAGGAAUUCGACGGAGAUCACUCGACCGUCGUAAUGGUCCAGGUCGAGAACGAAACCGGGUUACUGGGUGACUCUCGCGAUGGCUCUGCCGCGGCAGACGAGCGAUUCUCCCAACCAGUUCCCGAUGACCUCCUCACCUUUCUCGCCCGUGACUGGGACAAUCUCCAUCCCGACCUCAAACGCAACUUGGUUCAAUUCAAAGCACAAGCCUCCCCUCAAGGGUCGUGGGUGGAAGUGUUUGGCAAAGGACCACACACCGAUGAGCUCUUCAUGGCCUACCACUACGCCUUAUAUCUCAACCAGGUCGCCGCAGCGGGCAAACAAGAGUAUCCAAUUCCACUGUACACGAACGUGUGGCAGAACUAUGUUGGUGAUGACGGCGAUAAUGACUUCCCGAUUGUCGCUGGCGGCGGCGGUAUGCCAGGUGAUUAUCCCUCAGGUGGCGGCACCACAACUGUCCUGGAUAUCUGGCAGCAUUUUGCACCAUCUCUGGACUUUAUUUCUCCCGACGUCUAUCUCAAUGAUUAUGCAACCUCCUGCUCCAAGUACCGCCAUCGCGACCAGCCCUUGUUCAUUCCCGAACAACGCCGAGACGAGUAUGGGGCACGCCGCAUCUGGACGGCCUAUGGGUCCUACCAGGCCAUUGGUGUCUCUCCGUUUGGCAUUGAUACCCUUGAGCCAGAAUCGAAUCCGUUCACCAGGCAUUACGCUCUGCUAGAAUUGGUCUCACAGAUAGUGCUAGAGGCUCAGCGACGCCCUGGAUCGUCCGUGGGAUUCUUCUUCGACGAGCUGGCGGCCGACGGCUCUGACCCCUCCAAACCGAUCGUGCGGCAAUACGGGGGUUACGAGAUCACCAUCGAGCGCUGUUUCGUCUUCGGUAAGCCAGGCCCGGGCUGUGGCAUGGUCAUUCACCUCGGAGGCGGCAAAUUCCUCUUGAUUGGGUGGGGAUUCCAGGUCCGUGCAACCGCCUUGUCUCCGACUGCUGCGUUCACAGGGAUCCUACGAUUUGAAGAGAAGGUAGUGGCGAACAAGGAGACAGGGGAGCUUAAGACCCUGCGAGUGCUCAAUGGAGACGAAACACGCAGCGGCGUGUUCUCCAUGAUGCCCAACGAAGACCCGGACUAUGGUGGAUUCCCUAUCUGUGUGACCAUCCCUGCGUGGACAAUGAUUGCGGAAUUGGAGUUUUACUCGCUGGACGAGAGCGAAGUUUGA